AUGUCGACGGUGGCCGGAUUGCCGAAAUUCAUGGUGCUGAAAUCCAAGUCCGACGGGAAAUACCUGCACUACCUCUGGAACGACGACUCCUUCGGGCUGUACGUCAACGACCUGGGAUGCAAGCGACUCCUGGACCCACUCAGCCCGUUCGUGAAGCUGGAGGUCGUCCCGUCCGGAUCCGACCCGGCCCAUCUGAUCCACCUCCGCUGCUGCCACAACAACAAGUUCGUGCAGCUCGACAGCAAGUACGGCGUGUCCUGGAUCUCCGCCACCGCCAACGGGCCGGACGAGAGCACGGCCCGGUCCACCUGCACCCUCUUCCGGCCCAUCUUACCUCCGGGCGAGCCCAACACGGUCGGGCUCCUGCACGUGCAGACCAACUGCCACGUGCGGACAUAUUUCAACCAGGGCUACAACGACGACAUCAACGGGGUCGCUUGCGCCUACUCCAACGACGGCCAAGGCAUGCACCGGUUCGAGUUCGCGGCUUGGGAGUCGUACGACGAGAAGAUGGCGUCCAAAGAAGGCGAGAUCCGGCAGCUGAGAGCGUCUAACGCGGCGAAUGUGAGUGCCAAAGACGGGGAGAUCCAGAAGCUGAGAGCGUCUUAUGAGGAGAAGAUGAAGGCUAAAGGUGAUGAGAUCCAGAAGCUGAAAUCACAGGGCAAGGGCGGUGGCGGUGGCGGUGGCGGCGGCAGCGAUGAGUGUCUGCAAGCUGAUGAGAUAGUGGCGGAGCUGCGGAUGGAGAUAGCGGAGCUGAGAGUGCAGCUGGAAGAUGCGUGUAGGGAGAUUGACGAGUUGAAAGCAGCAUCCGGCUAG